CCUUCUUUUAUAGACACAGCACACAAUGGCUCCUUUCAAAACAACCGUUCGAAAAAAGCAGCUGUAGCGGAACCUGUGGAGGAUUGGAUUUUUCUCAGCUGGGACUGAACUUAUUUUGCUUAUUUGAAAGGGAUACGUGUUGAGAUGACGGACAUUCUUUAGGUUAGGCCCCUGUCAAGUAGUCAUUCACUCACGCACGAGACGAUGAUGAUGAUGAUGAGAGUCCAACCUGUGGCUUCUUGACCGAACGAACGGGAAUCUUCUUACCGUUGACAGUUCCCAUCCACAAUCAUGCUAGUCAACCGGAAAACCAGCUUCAAGGACGGAAUGCCUAUGGCGGACUACGGACCUGAUGAAAACCUGAACGACAAUGCAGACAUUGAAUGGGUUAACAAAAGCUGGGUACGCCGGAUUCUGCGCGUCUGUGCGUUUGUCAGUAUGGUCUCAGUGAGCAUGAACACUCCGAAGACCUUCGAGCUGUAUUACUUCCUGCUCUAUUUUACCUUCACCCUUGACCUCAUCAUCAUGGCCUGUUUCACUGCGGAGCUGGUGGCGAAGAUGCACAUCAGGGGAGUUUGGAGGGGUGAGGCUCCAUACCUGAAAGACAGAUGGUGUCAGUUUGAUGGCGUCAUGGUCAUGUGCCUCUGGGGCAGUGUCAUUCUUCAGAUCUAUGAAAUGGCCGUUCACCCACAUGUAAACUCUGUGGCUGCCAUCAUGAGAAUCAUUAGGUCUCCGCGGCCUUUGAUCCUGGUCAGAGUUUUCCGAAAUUUUCUCAAGUUUCAGUUACCAAAGAACAGAUUGAACUCAAUCUUCAAGCGGUCAAGUCAACAAAUCUACAAUGUGGUCAUUUUCUACCUGUUCUUCAUGUUGCUCUAUGGCUUCCUGGGGGUGCAGUUCUUUGGUAAAAUGAAGUACAGAUGUGUCAGGAAUGGAACUGAUCCAGGCAACGUCACCCUGUUUGACCUGGCCAUGCCGGACACGUUCUGCUCUCCCUUUGCUGACCCGGACUCAGGCUACCAGUGCCAGAGCGGCCUGGUGUGUAUGGAGCUGACCAUGAGCCCCAAGGUCAUGGGUUUUAAUGGCUUCGACCAACUGCCAACCAGCGUGUUUACAGUGUAUCAAGCAGCGUCUCAGGAGGGUUGGGUAUUUCUCAUGUACAAUGCCAUCGACAGCCUGCAGUCGUGGAAGGCCUACAUCUACUUUGUCACUCUCAUCUUCUUCCUGGCUUGGCUGGUUAAGAAUGUUUUCAUUGCUGUCAUCAUUGAGACAUUUGCCGAGUUCCGAGUGCAGUUCCAACAGAUGUGGGGGUCGAGAGGGGGCACUGCAGAGUCUGACGGGAGUCAGGUGCUGCGACUUUUCCGACUGAUCAAGUCUUCCCCUAUGCUGGAGGAGUUCUGUUACAAGAUUUUUGGACCCCCGAAGAAACUUGGCAGUCUGAUCCUCUUCACCAUGUGUUUGCUGGUGAUUGCUUCCAGCAUUAGUCUGCAGCUUUUCUGCUUCAUCGACGGAUUCAAGAAAUUUGAGACGAUUGAUCAGGCCUUCAUGUCCAUGUUUCAAAUCCUAACCCAAAAAGGUUGGAUUGAAGUUAUGCACGCAACAAUGUAUGAAACUGGGGAGAUAGUGGCCUCAUUAGUGGCCAUCUAUUUCAUUUUCUACCACUUGGUUGUCACACUGAUCGUGAUCAGCUUGUUUGUGGCCGUGAUUCUUGACAACCUGGAGUUGGAUGAGGACAUCAAAAAACUGAAACAACUGAAGCUGAGAGAACAAAGUCUGGAGACUCAGGAAAUGCUGCCCCUUAGAUUGAGAAUCUUUUCCAAGUUUCCGGAUCACCCCCAGAUGGUGAAACUAAACAAGAUGCCCGGAGACUUUGACAUCUCCGACAUCCGCGAGAGUUUCAUCCGUCAGUUCACGGGUCAGGACAGCAGCCUGAACCUUGUGAUGGACACACAGGACUUGCCCGAGACGGUCAGUCCCCACCUCAAGUCGGCCUACAUGAGGCUGAUCAAGUCGCCAGCUCACGAGACACGCUGCGGGGGUGCUGUGGAAAAGAAGACAGCUAUCACAAGCAUUAUCAGAAACCAACAGGAAGUAGAGUUGCGAGAGAACCAUCCGUACUUCGACACGCCGCUCUUCCUGGUGGGCCGAGAGACAAAGCUGCGCAAGAUCUGCGAGUUGGUGGUGAACGCCAAGUACAACUACGUCUCUCAAGAUCCGGAAACUGGCAAGAAGAUCAAAUCGAAAUACAAGCAGUUUCACAAACUCCUUGGUCUGGUAACGUACCUGGACUGGGUCAUGAUCAUCGUCACCAUCCUCUCCUGUAUCUCCAUGAUGGCUGAGACUCCGACCAACAGGAUCAUGGAGAAUCGGGUGUUGCAGAUUGCAGAGUAUGCCUUUGUCGUUUGCAUGAGCAUUGAGAUGGGGCUGAAGGUCACCUCAAACGGUUUGCUGUUUACUCCUAAAGCUGUGGUCAAUGACUUCAGUGGUGUCCUGGAUCUUUUUAUUUACGGGGUGAGCGUGGUUUUUAUGCUGUGGAUGCCACGCCAAGUGCAGCCUCACUCCCGAGAGCAGAUCCUGAUGAUCCUGCGCUGCUUGCGUCCCUUGCGAAUCUACAGCCUGGUCCCUCACAUGAGACGAGUGGUGUAUGAACUUGUGCAGGGCUUCAAAGAAAUUGGCCUGGUCUCCAUUCUGUUGAUUGUUCUCAUGUUUGUGUUUGCCAUCUGUGGGGUGCACCUGCUGGGAGGGAAGCUGGCACGCUGCAAUGACCCCGAGAUCAUGAUCAAGGAGAACUGCACAGGCAUCUAUUUUGCCAAAGUUCAAGUGACCAAAAUGAAAAUUGAAAGCACAGGAGACCAUCCAGGGAUGUGGGUGCCUCGAGCAUGGACGAAUCCUCGAAAUUUCAACUUUGAUAACAUCGGCAAUGCUAUGCUGGCUUUGUUUGAAGUCUUGUCUCUGGAGGGAUGGCUGGAGGUCAGAGAUGUGAUCAUAGCGAGAGUGGGAGCUGCGGAGGCAAUCUAUAUUCAUUUCUUCGUGUUCAUUGGCUACAUGAUUGGCCUGACAUUGUUUGUGGGCGUGGUCAUUGCCAACUACAGUGAGAACAAGGGCACUGCCCUCCUGACAGUAGACCAGAGAAGAUGGCAGGACUUGAAGGGUAGGAUCAAGCUGGCCCAACCACUGCACAUCCCACCCAGACCAGAAGGUAAUGCGUUCCGGGCUCUGAUGUAUGACUUGACUCAACAUCUCAUCUUCAAGCGCAUCAUCGUCUCUCUGGUCAUCGCCAACUGCCUCAUGCUCUCCGUCCCCUGGAAAGACGACAAGCACAUGUACAUCCUGGCUGGUUUCUCCACAUCGUUCACUCUCCUGUUCUUUGUGGAGGUGAUCAUGAAGAUGAUAGCUCUGUCCCCCGUGGGCUACUGGACUAGCAAGAGGAACCGACUGGACAUGUUCGUCACCCUGCUUGGAGUCAUCUGGAUCAUUCUUCACUACAGCACUGAGCCUCCUCUCAGGCACUUUCUGGGAAAGUCGGACACCAUCAACUCGCUGGGCUACAUCGUGAUUGUGCUGAGAUUCUUCACGGUCACAGGGAAACAUGCGACAUUGAAGAUGCUGAUGCUGACUGUGGUGAUGUCGGUGCUGCGCUCGUUCUUCAUCAUCAUGGGCAUGUUCCUUCUUAUGCUCUUUUACGCCUACGCCGGGGUCAUCCUUUUUGGCAGUGUCAAGUAUGGCUACAAUCUGGACAGGCAUGCGAACUUUGAGACUGCCUACAACGCCGUUCUGCUGUUGUUCCGCAUCGUCACCGGCGAGGACUGGAACAAGAUCAUGCACGACUGUAUGGUGAGCCCUCCGUUCUGUACAGAAGGAGGCAACUACUGGGAGACAGACUGUGGGAACUACCUGGUGUCUAUUGUCUACUUCUGUACCUUCUACGUCAUUAUCACCUACAUUGUUCUGAACCUGCUUGUGGCUAUUAUCAUGGAGAACUUCUCCCUGUUUUACUCUAAUGAGGAAGAUGCUUUACUCAGCUACAACGACAUUCGUCAGUUCCAGAACACAUGGAAUUUAGUGGACAUCAACCGAAAGGGCAUGAUCCCAGCGAGACGCGUACGGUUUCUGCUUCGCCUCCUGAGGGGAAGACUGGAGGUGGACUUGGAGCGUGAUCGGCUUCUCUUCAAGCACAUGUGCUACGAGAUUGAGAAGCUUCAUCAGGGGGCAGAGGUCACCUUCCAUGAUGUGCUCAGUAUGUUAUCGUACCGUUCUGUGGACAUCCGGAAGUCUCUACAGCUGGAGGAGUCCUUGGCCCGAGAAGAGCUGGAGUUCACCAUAGAGGAAGAGGUGGCCAAGCAGACCAUACGGAACUGGCUGGACAAGUGUUUGAAGAGGAUCCGAGCUCGUGAACACUCGAACAUCAUCUCUAAUCUGCGAGCGACCAACGAGCCACUAUUCACAGUCACGGAGUUGUCUCUCUCCGCCCCUGACAACAAGGAGGAGAACAAGGAGGAAGGAGCAGCGCCGCCCCGUACACGAAAGAAGGGCCAUGUGGAGCUACGCACACCGGUCAUACAACCCCCAGCGUCCACACAGGGUUCCUCCUCCAGGAAGUACCUGACCCCCACGCUGAGCGACGGAACUGCCAGAGGGGAUAAGGAGAGGUCCAGUCUGAGAAAACGCAGCUCGAGCAAGCAGCUUCCACUGGUGACCGAGAGCAGCUCCGAGGCAUCGGCCCCUCCCUUCAUCCCAGCGUUUAGCUCUGACUCGAUGCUGGUAGGCCGGAACGUGUCGCUGGACAUCUCGUCCUGGUGGAAGGAACAGAGCGGCUACAGCAACCAUGAGGAGGGCGUGGUCAUAGACAGCUGAGACUCUGGCUGUCUCUGCACCCCCGUCAGUCUCUGAGACUCUGUCAGCCUCAGAUCAGCCACAACACAGCGCUGUUCUUUUUGAACUGUUGAACUGUUAGGCUUACAUUUUGCAUCUUAGAUGUGAGUUUUUUACAGACAAAUGCUUAAAGAUGUCAGCAGUAGAAAUUGUCGUCAAGUGCCAGAUAGACAUUUGCAAUCGUGGUUCUCCAUUCAGUCUUUGAGCCCCAACAUGGCGCUGUGCUCUUUGAACUAUCAGGCUUACAUUUUUGUGUCUUAGAUGUGAGUAUUUUGACAGACAAAGGCUUGAAGAUGUCGAUGGUAGAAAUCAUCAGCAAAAAUAGCAUAUGGACUUGGGCAAUCAUGGUUCUCCAUUCAUUACUUUGCUUGGACACUUUAAAAAAAGCUACGGUAUCCUGAUCUUUUCCCAUCUGUUUAGACUCUCCAAGGAGAUUGCUCUGGGUCUAUGCCUGCCUUGUUUGCCUUCAACUGUGAUAGAAAUACAUGUCUGAAAAGCAUACUUCUUGUGUAGCAAGACAGAUAAUGUUUGUGGGUUUUGUUGUUUGUUUGUUUGUUUGUUUGUUGUUGUUUUUUGGGGGCGGUGUACUCUCUCUAUCUGAUAUGUGAAUACUUUAAUAGCUAUCUGAUGAAAGCAGUCAGUGACGGAGUUGCAAACUGACAAGGUGUAUGUUUCUCUCUGCUGUAGGAAAAGGGAGAGAAAACUGUAAACUGACAUCAGCAUGUUGGCAGAGGGGACCAAAGUCCUGUGAGGACAAUGCUUGUUGGAUUUUGGCUGUAAGUAGUUGAAGAAAUUAGUUCUUCACGAUGCAUAAGCCUAUUUUGGUGAAAACAUUUUAGUUGUUUGAACUGAACCCAAGAUUCAAAGGAGGUUAAUUUUCUUGGCAAGUUUUAAGAGUUUAGGUCUGUUUUAAGUUUGAAGGCUUACUAUGGACAUUUUGGAAGCUUAGUCCAGGCUUCUUGAUGAUGGGUUUUCAGGAAAAUCUGGGAAUUGUAAGACAGACAGCUUGUGCCCUGAUCGUACACUAAUGUUAUUAACCCAACUGACACUAUUGAGGUCUCUGGUAGGCUAUAUAUGCUUUGUGGUUGGCCAUCUUAGACUGACUGCCAUAUGAAAAGACUGAAUGAAGUGCAAAAGUAAAGUAUAAAGUCUGCAUUUUUAUUGAUUGGUCAUGAAGCAGAUAAGAACUUUCAUUUUUAAAAAAAAUUGAAAUUCUUAUUGGAAGUUAUUUUAAAUGCAAUCAUAACAUUACAAGUUAAGCAAAUUUUUCUAUAAAUAUACACAACCAAUAUUUGAUUGUCUUGAGUGUGUUUGGUCGUGUUGACAUCGGAGAUAAAUCAUUGAUUCACUUUCCAUCUGAUGAACGUCUAGCAUAGACAAGCACAAAAGCUGAUCCGGCUCAGAGACCCAAUUCGGACAGACCUACUCUCAUAGUUUCAGCAGAGACAUGUUGACUAUAGCCUUUUUUAACAGGAGGAUGUUUUUCCCGAUAAAUUCGGAAAUCCAGAUUUCUGAAAUUGCCUGCAUUUUUCCGGACUUCAAACCGACUGUAUAAAAUUUUUUGUAAAGCCUUGAUACAAGAUAUAUUAGCCAAUAUGAUCCGUAAAUGUUGAGUCUCCAUGCGGCAGUCCCAUAGGGUCCAAAAUGUUCUGGGAUUUUUAUUCGUAAUCAGAUAAUGACUCCUAUGUUUUAGAAUAUUUUGAGGAAGUUUUUAUUGAUGCAAAAAUUGUUCACAAAAGAAAAUAGCAUUAACUGGUUUGACUACAGCAUCUAAUAGAGAUCUACUUAUUAUUAUUAUAUGAAACACCUCAUUUUGUACUUUUAUUUACUGCUGAUGAUUCAUUUCAACAACUUUAUUAUUUUGAAUAUAUUAACUGCGCUUGCAAAAAGGCAUAUCUCAUUUUUGCUACUUUUGAGAUAAAUGGCAAAAACUGUUUAACUAGACUAUUUGUUUAUCAUCUAAUAAUGGUACUGGUAGGCUAAAACUUGCCGUUCCAGUUUCUUUUGUGACUGCCAGCUUAUUUUUGUUUUGGUUUUACGAAAA